CGAGUUUGGAGGUGAAUAACAACGCACGUUCUAGGCGAAAUUCUCGAGGCGAGUACUGGCAAUAAUACCCAGCAGCGCCUUAGUCAGUUCGUUUGAGAUCUCCAAAUAAUAUAAGUAGCAAUCAUGAAGUCUAUGAUCAUCUUCGCGGCUGCACUUUGCCUAGCGCAAGCCUCAUACUACGCCGGCCUUCCAGCGCCCGUACAAGACACCCCUGAAGUAGCCCAUGCUAAAGCUGCUCACCUUGCAGCCCAUGCGCAAGCCUCAUCAGGACACGGAGCCUGGGCCCCAGCUGGUGGUGCCUACAUUGCUGGACCAGCAUACGGUGGUGCUGCUCAUUACGGUGCCCCAGCUGCCGGCCUUUACAAGUACGGUCCCGCUCCCCUGGCGCACGAUGGUCGCGUGAUUGACACUCCUGAGGUAGCCCAUGCUAAAGCUGCCCACAUCGCAGCCCACGGUGCCGCCCGCGCUAACGCUGUCCACGCCGCUCCCCUGGCCUACGCUGGUGCAGGUCACGCCGCUCCCCUGGCCUACGCUGGUGCAGCACACGCUGGGCCAGCUUACGGUGCUGGAUACGGCGCAGGAUACGGUGCAGGUUACGGCAAAUGGACCGGCCCAAUCGCCCACAUUCAACUGACCCACGACGGCCAAUACGUGGUCGACACACCUGAGGUGCAGCAUGCUCGCGCCGCCCACUUCCACCAAUACGCCGCCGCAGCCCAGGCUGCAGCUGCUGCUCCCGAAGAACCCUGGGACGCCCAUGCGCAUGGCAACGGCGCCCACGGCUGGCACUAAAUCUACCUCCGACCCGGCUAAUGUACUGAACGAUAUUUUUAUACAAAAUGUAAAUAAAGCUGAAAAAAAUGUUGUGUAUAAAGUUGAAUGUGUAUUAUAGCAAUGUGUCUCUUAUAGAGCGCGAAGAUGAAUAAAAGUAAUGUUACUUAAA